AUGGGAAAAAAUCAAAAAACUAUUCGAGGUACAAGAUCUACAUUUUUAAUUGAAAAAAUUAUUAGAACAAGAAUAAAUGAAAGUUUAUAUUGGAAAGAGGAAUGUUUUGGAUUAUCAGCUGAAACUGUUAUUGAUAAAGGUGCUGAAUUACGUUAUAUUGGUGGUAUUUAUGCAGGAAAUACAAAACCAACUCCAUAUUUAUGUUUAAUGUUAAAACUUCUUGAAUUAGCACCAGAAAAAGAUAUUAUUAUUGAAUACAUUCAACAAGAAGAAUUUAAAUAUAUAAGAGCAUUAGGAGCAAUGUACAUACGUCUUACAUUUUCAUCUGUUGAAAUAUAUAAAUAUUUAGAACCGAUAUAUAAUGAUUAUAGAAAAUUAAGAUAUAUGAAUAGAAUGGGAAGAUUUGAAUUAAUGUAUAUGGAUGAUUUUAUUGAUAAAUUAUUAAAUGAAGAAUUAUUUUGUGAUAUUCAUUUACCAAAAAUACAGGGUCGACAAUUAUUAGAACAAAAUGAUCAAUUGGAAUUAUAUCAUUCUAAAUUGUCUGAUGAACUUGAUGCAAUUAGUGAUGAUGAUAGUGAUAAUGAAUGUAAAGUUAAAAAAAAAUUCAAUUUAAUAUCUAGUUAA